GAUCGCCACUCACAUUCGAAUUGUUCGAUCUCCCGUGCCGCACUGAUCUCUGUUCCUAUUCACCUACCAUCAUCCUGUCUUCGGCGCACUUUCGAGCGCGCUGUUUCCAACAGACUCUGAGGAUGAGAAGACCACUCAUCUCCUCUAUGAAAGUUCAUGCGCAUCUUCACUCUCAACAUGCCCGUACACACGAUUGGAGACCCAGAGUACACCGACUUCGUGGACAUGUUAGGAGAGGACUGGUCCGGCAAACGUCAAGCUCUUCAUCUCAUCAAUCAAAUCGGGAGCAUCACCGAUGCCAUCGACUUUCUUUUUCCCCCGCACGUUCUACUGGAUCCAAUGACAUGCAUUCAACGACAUCAUGCUCGAAGCGCUGCCUGGAGAUUUCGGUGCCCUCAGACCGGUGAGAUGCAUUGCCUGUCUCGCAUCACUUUCAAGCCUCCGCGGAGCACCUGGACAGUCAACCAAAAAAAGUUUCCUCUCAGACCGGCAUACGCGACCACGUUCAACGGAUGUCAAGGUCUGACGUUGCAGAAAGCAGUACUAGACCUGCGCACGGACUCCUUCGCGCACGGACAACUAUACACGGCAUUGUCGAGAGUGAGAUGUCGUCGUGACAUUCGCGCGCUAUUUGCAGAGACUGAGGAUGAAAAGACGACGGCGAACGUAGUGUAUAAGCAUCUGUUACUAUGAUUGAGGUUGAACUACGUCUGAAGGCGAUCGGAGCGCUUGUGACGUAUAAGACAUAGACUGGGAAAAGUCCUCAGUUAUGGUGUAUUUAACUUAUCCUAUUCAUAUACACUUGAUACACCAACUGCCGUUUUCCAGCGCCUCCUCGGAAAAAAAAAUCUUGAUCAGGCGAGGAUCAGCCUGUGCGAAACUUAACAUUUAUCUGGUUAUAACGCAGCAUCCUAUUUUAAAAGCUUCGGUGGGAGGAGCGAUCAAUGCGGAUGGAGAGGUCUACUGCCAGACCGGGCGGGCCAGACCUGCAAAAGA